AUGAGAAUAUUGGAGAAACGAUUACGACAACGGAUAGAUGGAGAUGAGGAAUUGUGGUUCAUGUCGGAAACGGGCCUAACCAUGUUCACUAUGAAAGCCUUGUCAAAUCUCAUAACCACUGGCUCUUCUUUGAUGAUGAGAAUGUUGAAACGAUAG